GCCACGUCUCGCUGAGCUUGACUAUAUCUUUGCGAUAUGUUUAAUAACAUCAUUCUUGGACGCAUAUGGUAUGGGUGCUAAUGAUGUUGCUAAUUCCUUCUCAACAAGUGUUUCAUCGCGCUCUCUUUCAUUCAGAAAGGCGAUCUUAGCAGCCGCUAUUUGUGAAUUCCUUGGUGCUAUCCUUGUCGGUGCUCGUGUCGCUUCAACAAUCAAAGACAGUAUCAUUCCACUCAGUAACUUCCCAACUGUAGGCUUCCAAAUGUUGGGUUUCGCAUGUGUAUCCGCAGGUAGUUCAACUUUCCAGAUCUUUGCAACCAGACUCGGUAUGCCUGUAUCAGCAACACACACAGUCAUUGGUUCUGUUAUUGGUGUAGGCAUUGCAAGUGGUGGUGCUCAGUCAGUCAACUGGAAAUGGGAUGGUGUCGGUCAAGUUUUUGCAAGUUGGGGUAUUGCACCAGCAAUUAGUGGUGGUUUUGCAGCAAUUAUCUUCUUGAUUACAAAAUACGGUAUAUUAAAACGUAAAAACUCCGCCACUUUAGCCUUUAUCGCUGCCCCAAUCUAUUUCUUCGUAGUUGCUGCAAUUCUCACAAUGGCUAUCUUAUGGAAAGGUGCCAGCACUGUUAAGGUCGAUGAAUUAUCAACAGGUACACUUGUUGGAUCCAUUAUUGGAACUGGUGCUGCGGUAGCACUCUUGUCCAUCUUGUUCUUCUUACCAUACGUUCAUUGCCAAGUUAUCAAGAAGGAUUACACUAUCAAAAUCUGGCACAUCUUCUUGGGACCUCUCUUGUGGUUCAGAAAGGCACCAGAAGACGCCAAUGACAAUACCUUAGCUGUGCCAGAUUACUACGCAGGUCAUCGUGAAGAAGAUUGGUCCCACCUCGAUGGUCAAUAUAAAAAACCAGAAACAAUUGAUGCUGCUGAAGAGUGCAGAAGCAUUUCACAGAAGUCCGUACACUCACAACCACAAGCUGAUGCAAAUCACCCAUCAAAAUUAUCAGAAGAAGUUGAAAAACAAGACAUUACAGGUAGACCACCAAAGCCAAACUACCACCCAAUUGAAGGUGCCUGGAUUGAACCAUGGAACAUCUGGAUUGGUUUGCGUUACAAUUUAUUACCAUUUUUGAAUUACUACCUUUUCGGUGGUCUCAGAACUGAUAUUCAUCAAAUGCAGAAGUCAGGAUCAGAUAAAACUCAAGCUAGAAUUAGGGACAUGCAUGCGGAAGCUACGCAAUAUGACAAUAACACAGAACACAUUUUCUCUUUCAUGCAAGUUAUGACAGCAUGUGUCGCAAGUUUCUCUCAUGGUAGUAACGAUGUUUCAAACGCUAUCGCACCACUCGCUGCAGUUUACUACUGUUGGAGCACUAGUGAAUACUCAGGUGAAAAAUCAGAAAUACCAGUUUGGGUAAUUGCAUUCGGUGGUAUUGGUAUCGUUAUUGGAUUAGCAACAUACGGUUGGAGAUUGAUGAGUGUUUUGGGUAAUAGGCUCACUCUUCACUCCCCUUCAAGAGGUUUCAGUAUGGAAUUAGGUGCUUCAAUCACUGUAAUUCUUGCAUCUCAAUUUGGUAUACCAGUUUCAUCAACACAAAGUAUUACAGGUGCAACAGUUGGUGUCAGUUGUUGUUCUGGUACCUUUAAAACAACAAAUUGGAAAGCAUUAGCCUUCUUCUUUUACUCAUGGUGCAUCACUUUACCACUCGCUGGUAUUGUAUCUGGAUGCUUAUUUGGUAUUAUUGCCAAUGCACCUGGAUUCCACAACAUUUGAAGUUAACGACAAAUAAUAGACCACUCAUUCCACUGGCUUUUCUUUUUUACUACGAAUGGAUCUUGUAACUAUAUUAAUAAACUUACUAUAGAUAUAUUAAU